AUGUCGCAGGUGCUGGCUGUGACAGGAUCGGUGGCAACCUCGCGAGAGAGUGCGAUUGCGGGCGCCUCGGCUUUGGGCUCCGAGAAAAACGCGACCUCGCCCGCGUCUGCUAGGAUUCCAUCAUCAGCACCUGCGCUGGCGCCGAAGUUGCGCAGCUGCCUUCUAUGCCGCACUCGCAAGGUUCGCUGUGACAGGCAGUCGCCGUGCUCUAAAUGCCGCCGGGCAAAUAUUGCCUGUGUCUUUCCAUCGACCGACCGCCCGCCAAGAUGGGCUCGCCGCCUAGAGCGCCUCACCAACAAUGCCGUAGCAUCAAAUGCGCCCGCACCGCAGGACGCCGACCCGGGCGUCGCUAGGGUCAUGGACAGACUGCGGAAUCUCGAGUACCUUGUCAAGGAGCUGAGCGGCCAGCUGGAACAGGCACAUGCAGCGGCUAGCUCGGGCGGUGGUGGCUCAUCUGGAGCCAACUCUCCUAGGAGCUCUACCCAGGAUCGUGACGCAGAGCACCAGAGGGACGCGCCAUCCGCCACGAAUACGAGCAGUGUGCAGAAGCAGUUUGGCAGGCUGGUUCACCAGGAUGCCAGCCGCAGCCGCUAUGUGAGCAGCGGCUUCUGGUCUCGGGUCAACGACGAGCUCGAUGGGCUGAAGAUGGACACCCGCGGCCUGGCAGGAGAUGAGUCCGACAGCUCAGAGGAUGAUGCAUCGCCUGGAAAGACACCGUCCGCUCAGGAACUUGAGCGAACACCUUCGGAACGCCAUGCAUUCCUGUUUCGACACAACCUAAGUCCCCCGGCUCCCGACCUCCGCGAGUUUCACCCACUACCGUCACAGAUCCCAUUUCUCCUAGAUAUGUUCUCUGAAAACGUGAACUUUUUCAUCCAGAUCGUCCAUAUCCCAACCGUUACAAAGAUGGUCCGCGAUUUGCGCGGCAGUGGAAUGACACGCUGCACGCCAGCCAAUGAAGCCUUGAUGUUCUCGAUCUACUACGCCGCUGUAACUUCCAUGGAGGAGGACGAUAUCGUGACCAACUUUGGCUCCACCAAAACCGACCUCACUCUCAAGUAUCGUCUUGGCCUGGAGCAUGCCCUUGCGAAGGCCGAUUUCCUGAACGUCCCCGACAUAGUUCUAGUUCAGGCGUUUGCUCUUUUUCUCAGUCUCGUACGCCGACACGACAGUCCGAGGUUCGUGUGGAUGAUGACUGGGCUUGUCAUCAGGAUGGCCCAAUACCUUGGGUUGCAGCGAGAUGGGACCCAUUUCGAGCACCUAACUCCUUUUGAGAUUGAGAUGCGACGGAAGGUUUGGUGGGCCGUGUGCAUGCUGGAUGUGAGAGCAUCAGAGGAUCAAGGGACGGACCUGACUAUCGCGAGCGGCAGCUUUGACACGCGAAUCCCCUUGAAUAUCAAUGAUGUAGACAUCGAUCCCGAGAUAAAACAGAUGCCCACAGAGCGCGCUGGCGUGACCGAUAUGUCAUUUGCUCGCAUAUUCUUCGGGAUAGGCGAUAUCAUGAGGCAGAUGAUGGCCCCCAGUGUAAGGGAUGGUGUAGCAGGUCUGGAAGACCAAAGCCGUCUCUUGAACGAGAUCUACCAGAAGUUCGAACAGGGUUAUUGUCAGUAUACGACAGAGUCAGGGAAUAUUGCCUAUUGGGUCGGAGUCACCAUCGCGCGGCUUGUCAUGGCCAAGAUGACGCUCAUCAUUUUUCUCCCUGUUCUUUUCUCUUCCCCAAGCGAACACAUCUCGGACGAGGUAAGAACCAAGUUGCUGGUCUCGGCGAUUGAAGUCGCAGAGUACAACCAUGCGCUAAACGCCGAACAAGCAUGUCGACAAUGGCGCUGGGUUUAUCAAACCUAUACCCAUUGGCAUGCCAUUGUAUACCUCAUGAUCGAGAUCUCCCGACGCCCUUGGUCGCCUACCGUCGAGAGGGCCUGGGUCGCACUUCACAGCAGCUGGCUGAUUCCAGCCCAAGCCCCCAUGGACAAGAAACCGCGCAUCUGGGUUCCGCUUCGAAAGUUGAUGGAAAAAGCCAGCAAGCAUCGCGACGCCGAGCUCAACCGGCUGCGGGCCGAUCAACAGGCCGCCGCUAGGCUAGAGAUGGAGGACCAGAAAAUUCCAUUGCCGUCAAGCUCUGGGCCUUUUCCAACCGGGUCUAACGUCGAUAUCUUUCGCAGGCGGUGGCGCCAGCUCUUAGCCAUACCAGAGGGACCCGGAGACGGCACACAGACAUCUGGAAUAUCCGGCGCAGGGCUUGCCGACCCAUCAAUGCAUACAACCUAUACAAGUCAACCGACUGCGAGGUCCCCUCUCGCUCAUAGCCCAGGCGUUUUUAGCUCCAAUAUGACCUUUGAGCCAACGCAUCUUGGUACAAGUGGACAGCAGGUCGGCCAAAAUCUGGAGAGUACCAAUAUCAGAGACCUAGAUCCGGCGAUUACGACGAACGCUGCCAGCGAAUUGGCCUCCGGACAGACUGUUGGGCCACCAUACAAUUCCAUUCCCACGGUCCCCACGGACCGGUCCGAUGGCCUGACCAUGAGACCUGAUUUUGUCCCUCAGCUGUGGGCUGAUGCUGACCUCUCAGUGGAUGAUUUUUCCAACUUAGACUUGGAUUCCUUCGAUGCUAAUAUGGACUUGGAUGGUGAGGUGAACUGGUACAAUUGGGUUGAAUCUGCCAAGGGUACUGAGUGGGAUGCAUAG